UUUCAAAUAUGUAUAGGUUAUAAACAGUAUCGAUAGUUCAGCGACAUUCGUUAAAAAUCAAUCAGCUGUCGUCAGUGUCGUUUUUAUCUUGAGACAAACCAGAUCGCGGAGGAGCUGCUGUAACAACAGAUAAUCAUGGUGAAGAAAAAACAACUUCGUCUCAUAGCAGAAAUGGCUCGGAAGAUCCGGGCAUAUCGGGAGCUCAAGUCCCGGCCACGGGAGUCCCAGAAGUACGCCCUGGACUAUGACACGAUGAAACGGCCCCUCACGGGGAAGAGGCUGCCGGUGCUGGCAUGGCCCGAUGUCCGCAGGGAGAGCCGCCUCUUCUCCCUGCUGGCGGGCAUGAGGCUGUUCGGAGUGGGCCGCCUCUUCACCCGCAAGUCCUGGAUAGAGGACCACACUGAGCCCUGCUACUGGCAGAUCACCAAAGUCAAGGUCGACUACACAUCUGAGAACAUGGAUCAUGGCAAGGCAUGGGGCGUCCUCACCUACAAAGGAAAACAGGAGAGUGAGGUCAAGGAGGUGGACAAGGUGAUGUACCAUGACUGGAGGCUGGUUCCCAAACACAUAGAGCAGCAGUUCAGGGAAUUUGAGCCACUCCCUGAGCCACCUGUACGCUAUGUCCCCUACCCCCCCCUGCUCCGCGCCAUGAUGCUGGCCCAGCACAAAAAAGCAACAGGCACAGUACUGGCAGAGGAGCCUGCCUUACCUUUAAAGAGGCACGUCCAGCUCAACAAAGACUAUUUCCGCAGGCAGGAAGAAGAGAGGCGGAGCAAAGAGGGGACAGCGGUGUGAUACUCCUCUGUGAAUAUGGUUCGCUAAUCUUGGACAUUAUGGACCAGAUCAGUGUUGAUAGAAGAGGUCAACUUCUUCUGUCCGAGUACAUUUGAAGCCCUUGCCUCAAAGUCCUGAUAAGUCCUGGACUCAAAUGAAUUCUCUGCUAUUUUCAUCCACAGCAGGCCUCUCUGUGUGUAAUAUGUAUCUGUGUAAUGUGCUAAAUAUUAAAU